AGACGCGCUUCAUCAUAAUAUUUAACACACCCAACCUCAAUCUCACAUGCGAAGGACAGUGAUUGUCUUUUUCCUUGCUCACACGGCACACUGUAGUCUAUCUCCGAGAGAGAAACCCAAUCGGCACCUAUCCGAAUUAUUUGUUUGAUUCGUCUCGCUUUGGUUGUUUUGUAUUGCCUGUCUUUAUUCGGGAUUUGCUGUGAACAUUGCCAUUUAUUCUCAUCCUGGGUCGCUUACUGUACUUUGCCUGCUGCGCCUUUACACGUUGUUUUAUCGUUUCUAUUGGCAAGGGAGGAGUCUUUCGAAUAGUCUUCUUUUAAAAUUAUAUUUUGACAUAUAAGCGCUCUCUGCGCUUUUCCUAUCCCGGACUGGACCAAUGCGUAGCCCGUGCCCAGCGGAUCCACGAUAGCUCCGUUUCUCACACAGCAGAGUUAUCGCUCAAUGGCCGGACCGAUGUGCGCCAGCAGCCCCUGCCAACAUACACCUCUGAUGGAUCAUUUAUCUACCGUUUUCGAGCUUCUUUCGGGACCCUUGCACUUCCUUUAUACCUUAUAUUGUGCGUAAAGCCUUGGGGUCGGAGCUGUAGAGCGAAAGCAAUUGAGAUAAUGCCGCUUUCCCAACUCGACCGUUGGUCUGAACCGAGUCGACCUGUUUUACCUGGGCGCAUGCGGAGAAUCCUCACGUUCUGAAUCACAAAAUAAGCCUGCCGUCUGGAUUUCUAUGUGGUUGGGAAUACACAAGUUGAACACUGAAACAUUUAGUAUACUCAAGACGGCAAGAAGUGAAGAUGGUUACGUGUUCAACGUGUAUUUCAUUAAAGUGGCAUCCAGCGUGAUAAACAUAAUCAGUGAUGUAGUGAGUCUAUUCAUAUGCGUGCUCAUCAUUUGCAGUAAAUACUCGCAACUGCUCAAACAGGGGACUAUGAAGAUGAUACUCUUCCGUAAAUUCCGAGUUUUGAUUCUGAUGGUGUUUCUAAUCGCCUGCUCGAUGCACAUCAUGAUAGACUUGUUACCAAAGCUGGAGAGGCGCAGCAACAGCGGCUGCUCCUGCUCGCACAAGCCGAGCGAGGACCCUCAGAGCUGGGCUAAACACCGAGCCAGGUCGGGAGUGGAGUCAGGCUGGCCUAACAAACACACACUGAGAAUCCUUCAGGACUUCAGCAAUGAACCAAACUCUAACAUCUCUUCCCAUUCUCUGGAGAAGAACCCCAAAGCGGGAAACAAAACGGGAGCCUUUAAACGGCUUGAACAUUAUGCACAAAAUGGUGACAAAAAGAGACGGUUCAUACAGGACACUGUGGUCACCAGAAACAUACCUGUCAAGAGUUCAAGGUUGCUGGCUCUGUUUGACCACCCGUUAUUCAAGAGAGCCGUACCGUCUCUGACCGACGAAGACACCUUGUUCAACGUCAACACAGACAUCAGAUUUGACCCCAACGCCGCCACAGAGAAUCAGGAAUGGCACGCUGAAGGGAACAUGGAGGAGUACACUCCAACAGGAGGAGAGCUGACGGCUGACUCCUACCCCAACUGGCUCCGCUUCCACAUAGGGAUUAAUCGAUAUGAGCUCUACUCCAGACACAACCUAGUCAUCGAUGCUCUGCUCAGGGACCUGGUCUCACAGAGAAUCACCAGCGUCGCCAUGAAAUCUGGAGGUACCCAACUGAAAUUAAUCAUGACGUUCCAGAACUAUGGACAGGCUCUGUUCAAACCUAUGAAGCAGACCCGGGAGCAGGAGACGCCCCCUGACUUCUUCUACUUCUCGGACUUUGAGAGACACAAUGCUGAGAUCGCUGCCUUUCAUCUGGACAGAAUCCUGGACUUCCGUCGUGUCCCUCCUGUAGCUGGCAGACUGCUGAAUAUGACUAAAGAGAUCAAAGAUAUGACCAGGGACAAGAAGCUGUGGAAAACCUUCUUCAUAUCACCAGCCAACAACAUCUGUUUCUAUGGGGAGUGUUCGUACUACUGCUCUACGGAGCAUGCUCUGUGCGGUAAGCCGGACCAGAUCGAGGGUUCCCUGGCUGCCUUCCUCCCAGACCUGGCCUUGGCAAAACGCAAGACCUGGAGAAACCCCUGGAGACGAUCCUACCACAAACGCAAGAAAGCUGAGUGGGAGGUGGACCCUGACUACUGUGAAGAGGUGAAACAGACUCCGCCCUAUGACAGCGGCACCCGUCUGCUGGACAUCAUGGACAUGACCAUCUUUGACUUCCUCAUGGGCAACAUGGAUCGUCAUCACUAUGAGACGUUUGAGAAGUUUGGCAAUGAGAGCUUCAUAAUCCAUCUGGACAACGGGAGAGGGUUUGGAAAGCAUUCCCAUGAUGAGGUAUCUAUCCUGGUGCCUUUAAGCCAAUGUUGCAGAGUGAAGAAGUCGACCCACCUGCGUCUGCAGCUGCUGGCCAAGGAGGAGUACCAGCUGAGUGAUCUGAUGUCUGAGUCUCUGCUGAGGGACAAACUGAUCCCCAUCCUCAUCCAGCCCCACCUGGAGGCUAUGGACAGACGCCUACGCCACACACUCAACGUCCUGGCAGACUGCAUCGAGAAGGAGGGCUAUAGUAAUGUUGUGGAGGAUGACCUGGUGGGGGAGAGGAAAGGGGCUCAGAUGCACACAUUACCCAGGGGGAGGUAGCUGGGAGGCCUGAACUGUUCUGGAAUGGACCAUACUGGAUUGGACCGAAUUGAACCGUACGGAACUAGAGUCGAUCAGACUGGACUGGAUUGAACUGGAUUGGACUGGACCAGAUUAAACCGGACUGAACCGGUUUUGACCACCAUCCACAUAGGCCCCUUAAAUAACAGUGUACACCUCCCAACCAAUCGAUCAUCUCCCACCACAGCACCACAGAUCAUGAAAGUCUUGUGAGAGCCGCUUGUCUUGUUCAGGAGACAUUUUGAAUUCAGUGAAUUCCAAGACUGGUAUUAUUCCUUCUGCUGUCAACUGAAUAUUGUGUUUCUACACAUUGUUGGGACCUGUCACAGGUGUGCAAACGAUAUGCGUAUUGGAGAUCGAUUCUGUGUCUUAAUGAACAAUUUAUUGCAAAAUGUUUUAUAACUUCUGUUGCUCUUUUACAUUGUUGUUGAUGUGUUUUUUUUAAAUUAAUUUAAGAGAUAUUUCAUUGGAGGGUUUACUGCAAAAUGUGUCUUCUGCUUUUCAUCUUUCAAGUGCUUCCUGUCCCGAGAGUAUUUAUUGCAUUUCAUAUUAAUUGUUUGAAAUAAAUGAGACCCACAUAAUUUUUUUAUCAAUAGGACUGGGGUCUCUAGUCAAUCUGUAUCGCUGAAGCUCCCGAGUGGUGCAGCGGUCUAAGGCACUGCAUCUCAGAGCUAGAGGUGUCACUACAGACUCUGGUUUGAUUCCAGGCUGUAUCACAACCGACCGUAUUGGGAGCCCCAUAGGGCGGUGCACAAUUGGCCCAGUGUCGUCCGGGUUUGGCCGGGGUAGGCUGUCAUUGUAAAUAAGAAUUUGUUCUUAACUUGCCUAGUUAAAUAAUGGUUAAAUAAAUACAUGCUCUAGAAAUAUAAAGUUAAUGUCCUAUUGAGCUGCCAUUUGCAGCGUUUACCAUGAAUGCAGUUUCCGCUAAUGUGGGAACAAUGCCUUUAAAUUUCAAGCACACUGUAACGCUGAACUUCCACUAUACAGAUCGAAUACAGCCCUGAGUGGUCAGGAGACCAAGAGGGAGCGAGAGAGACUCUGCAGAUGUGCAGUUCUUAGCUGGUCAAGGAGAGGGCAGCUCUAGUGCAUGUACAAUAGUGGUCUGCAGGUCAGCUGUUUGUUCACCCGCACCUGCCCACAAUUACUAAUAACCCAUCCGCAACCGCCCAGCUAUGCUGUAGGCUACGGUCAGAGAUGGAAGAACGAUUUUUUGACAGGGGUGCAGGUUUUUUUUUAGCAAAUAUCUUUUCUGCUUAUAAUUACCGACAUUUCGGUAGGCUAUUUGUUAGUCAACUUGUCUAUUAUUAGACUAUAUACAUGCUGCUUCACUUUUGUCAUUAUAUGUUGACCUAGAAGACUAAAAUAAACCCUUGCUCACUAAAAUAAUUUCAUAAAUUGAUAGAAUGAAUGCUUCUAUCUAUGUAGUUGACGUCAGUAAACUUUUCUUUGUCGUCUCUAUUUCUUUCCCGAAGCAAAGACGUUUAGGGACUGGGGAGAAAAUGCAAUAACAAAAAAUAAACAGGAAAGAUUUUCUAUGUAAAAUGUCCAAAUUAUAUCAGUAAAGACCGGUUGUAAGGAAAUAGAAAGCUGUAAAAAUGACCCAAGAUGUUUCUGAUAAGAUUUUAGGUCGGCUUGGAUACAUAUUUGAUGUGGAGGCUGCUGAGGGGAGAAGGAUGCAUGAUAACAGAGUAAAUGAAAUGGCAAUUAAGGUGCCACCAACCUCCUAUGAUUGAAAUACUAGGCCUAUCAGCUUUUAUGAUGCUGAUAAAAAUAGCACCUCUACAGAAGGUCCCUAACUGCAGAUUUGGAUUCUCUCAAGAUGCUCUAAGAAAUCAAUCAUAUUUCUCCACCCCUGUUUCCGAGUCAAAAUAUGGGAUACAUUUGAAUUUGGUGUAUUAUUUUACUGCAAGAAAUGCUUCAUUCUACAGGAGUUAAUAUUAAGGUUAUGUGUAAGGUUAUAGACCUACAGUCAGUGUCCAGAUUUCAGUUUCCAUUUAACCCAUAUGAACAGUAGGCUACAGUUCAAUUGACUUGCCAUAAGCCUAUUGGAAAUCCUGGUCUUGUGACUGUUGAAUUUGUAUAGCACGCCUUGAGUGGGCUCCCGAGUGGCGCAGCGGUCUAAGGCACUGCAUCUCAGUGCUAGAGGCGUCACUACAGACCCUUGUUUGAUUCCAGGCUGUAUCACAACCAGCCGUGACUGGGCAACGCACAAUUGGCCCAGCGUCGUCCCGGGUUAGGGUUUGGCUGGGUUAGGGUUUGGCUGGGGUGUUCUUUACUGACUUGCCUAGUUAAAUAAAGGUUAAAUCAAAUGUAAAGAAUCAUCACACAUAACAUAGCCGGCACUGCAAUCAUCCUCCUUUACAACUUAAACAACUCUCCAUUUCGCAGCUUUUAUUUUAUUGAAUUAAACUCCGACAUUAUCCUUUUUGCCUCAGUGGAUCGACUUUAACUUUUUCUGGCCGUUCCCAAAAGCAUUUGGCUAUUGGCUUGUAGGCUAUUUGGUGGGCAUACAGUUAGGCUCUAAAGCUUACGCAAUACGCACUAAUGCCAGAUAGCCUAAAAAUAAUGAAAAACCUCAGUGUAGUCAAUAGAUAUACAUUGCACAAGAAUGAUACAUUUAUGAAUCUUUGUAUGCAUUGUUUCCUCAUUAUUCAACCCGCCCGCCACCCACCCCUACUUCAUCCACACAAUAGGAUGACCCUCAAACCCGCUCGCUCCGCAGAUACACUGUGUGUAUAUAUAUAUAUAUAUAUAUAUAUAUAUAUAUAUAUAUAUAUAUAUAUAUAUAUGUAUAUAUAUAUAUAUAUACAAAAGUAUGUGGACACCCUUUCAAAUGAGUGGAUUAGGCUAUUUCAGCCACACCCGUUGCUGACAGGUGUAUAAAAUCGAGCACACAGCCAUGCAAUCUCCAUAGACAAACAGUGGCAGUAGAAUGGCCUUAUUGAAGAGCUCAGUGACUUUCAAUGUUGCACCGUCAUAGGAUGCCACCUUUCCAACAAGUCAGUUUGUCAAAAUUCUGCCCUGCUAGAGCUGCCCCGGUCAAUUGUAAGUGCUUUUAUUGUGAAGUGGAAACGUCUAGGAGCAACAAAGGCUCAGCCACGAAGUAGCAGGCUUCACCAUCUGGCAGUCCGACGGACGAAUCUAGGUUUGGCGGAUGCCAGGAGAACGCUACUUGCCCCAAUGCAUAGCGCUAACUGUGGCUGUUUUUCAUGGUUCGGGCUAGGCCCCUUAGUUCCAGUGAAGGGAAAUCUUAACGCUACAGCAUACAAUGACAUCCUAGACGAUUCUGUGCUUCCAAUUUAGGGGCAACAGUUUGGGAAAGGCCCUUUCCUGUUUAAAUUACAACAAUUAAUCAGAUUCAAAGUGAUUCACACUACAGCAUAUCCUCCAUUGUACUUUUCUCUUAUUUUUCUUUGGCCCAUAGAUUACUUUAUUAUUUGAGGAUGAAUUUAAGAUGAAAGUUUAGUCAGUCUUCAAUUUUGGUACUAAGAAGCCAAAUGUGACACCAAGAUUUUUGUAGGAUGAAUAUUCCUUUUGUGUGUGAUGUAUGUAUGAUGUCCAGAUGUCAAUGUUGUCUACAGAUAUGCAGGAUGUACAUUUCUUAACUUUCCAACUGCAGAUCUGCUUUGCUGGAGAAAACAUUUCAGUUACUGUUACUGAAAGUUCAUAUAUAUACAGUAGAUAAACCUAGUGCCUGUGCAAUGAUAGAAAUACUUGAAUGUUUGGGAUCAUGAUUGAAAGGGUAUUUAUGGGAAAUAUUAUUUCCCGAUCAGAAGCUAUAUACAGUAUACGUGUUUCCAUACGUCUGUCUGUGUUGAUACUUUAUGUAUAGACGGAGGUAUGGACAACAUUAGAGGCUGUGGUUCUGACUGCAGCUAAAAUGCUUAUUUUUCAUUAGUUCAUUGUUUCUGUGGAGUUUUGUUUGCAACAUUGUAAAGGUGCAAUAAAACAAAAUGUGCAUUUAAA